AUGCGGGCGCUCCACGUGCACUACGAGGGCACGCUGGAGGACGGGACGGUGUUCGAUUCGUCGCGGCCGAGGGAGAAGCCGCUGGAGUUCAUCGUCGGCGCGGGGACUGUCGUGCGCGGGUUCGACAAGCUGGUGACGGGGCUGGAGGAGGGCGGCACGCGCAAGGGCACGGUGGGCGGGGACGACGCGUACGGGGAGUGGCGGGAGGACAUGUGCGCGACGAUUCCGAUCGAGUCGGCGGGGAACGGGCUGGAGGAGGGCAUGCGGGUGCAGCUCAGCAACGGCAUGACCGCGCGCGUCGUGUCGGUCACGGAGACUGACGUCAGGAUCGACGCGAACCACGAGCUCGCCGGGAAGGACCUGACGUUCGACGUGGAGCUCGUCAAGCACGUGCCGUCCGAGCGGAUGGAGACGGCGACGUUCGGCGCGGGGUGCUUCUGGGGCGUCGAGCUCGCGUACCAGCGCGUCCCCGGCGUCCUGGACACGUGCGUAGGCUACAGCAACGGCCACGUGAUCGACCCCACCUACGAGGACGUGUGCUCGGGGCAGUCCGGGCACGCCGAGGUCGUGCAGGUCAAGUUCGACCCGUCCGUCGUCUCGUUCCGCGGCCUCCUCGACGUGCUCUUCGACAACCACGACCCGACGCAGGUCAACCGGCAGGGCAACGACGUGGGCACGCAGUACCGCUCGGGCAUCUACACGAGCACCGAGGAGCAGGAGGCCGCGGCGCGGGCGUACAUCGAGGAGCGCGCGGGGGACUUCGCGGGCCCCAUCGCCACCGAGGUGCUGCCCGUGGAGAACUUCACGCGUGCCGAGGCCUACCACCAGCAGUACCUGGCGCGCGGGGGCAGGUUCGGGAAGCCCCAGAGUGCGGAAAAAGGGUGCACGUCGCCCAUCCGGUGCUACGGGUGA